AUGGUACUUGUCACAAGGGAAGGUGCUUUAUUAUCUCUGCUGUGUCUUAAUGUUCUAGUAGCGAGUGUGCUUGCCAGAGAUGUAACGAAUGUAAAAGAUGAGGAAGUGAAGUUACUAGGUAUCGGAAAGGGUGGUGGAUUUGGUGGUGGCUUUGGUGGGGGAGGUGGUGCAGGUGGUGGUUCUGGGGGUGGAGCGGGUGGUGGAGGCGGUUUUGGGGGUGGAGCGGGUGGUGGAGGUGGUUUCGGGGGUGGAGCUGGUGGUGGAGGUGGUUUCGGGGGUGGAGCUGGUGGUGGAGGUGGUUUCGGGGGUGGAGCUGGUGGUGGUGGUGGUUUCGGGGGUGGAGCUGGUGGUGGAGGUGCUGGAGGUGGAGCAGGAGGUGGCGGUGGGUUAGGUGGCAGUGCUGGUGGUGGGAUUGGUAAAGGUGGUGGCAUAGGUGGUGGGAUAGGAAAAGGGGGUGGCCUUGGUGGAGGGAUUGGCAAGGGUGGUGGCCUUGGUGGUGGGACAGGAAAGGGGGUGGCCUUGGUGGAGGGGAAAGGGGGUGGCCUUGGUGGAGGGGUUGGUAAGGGUGGUGGCCUUGGUGGUGGGAUAGGCAAGGGUGGUGGCUUAGGUAGUGGGAAUGGAAAAGGUGGUGGGAUAGGAAGGGGUGGUGGCUUAGGUGGUGGGAUAGGAAGGGGUGGUGGCUUAGGUGGUGGGAUUGGAAAAGGUGGUGGACAUGGUAGCGGCAUUGGAAAAGGUGGAGGACUAGGAGGUGGAAUUGGAAAAGGAGGUGGGAUUGGGAAAGGUGGUGAACAUGGUGGUGGGUUGGGAAAUGGUGGUGGAAUUGGAAAAGGUGAAGGAGUUGGUGGAGGGGCAGGGAAAGGAGGAGGAUUAGGAGGUGGAAUAAGAAAAGGAAGUGGGAUUAAUGGUGGUGGAAUUGGGAAAGGAGGAGGUCUGGGUGGAGGGAUUGGAAAGGGUGGCGGCGUCAGUGGUGGAAUUGGUGGGGGUGUUGGCAAAGGUGGAGGAGUAGGUGGUGGUAUUGGGAAAGGUGGAGGAGUGGGUGGUGGUGGUUUUGGUGGUGGAUCCGGUGGUGGAAUCGGUGGUGGAUUUGGCAAAGGCGGAGGAUAUGGAGGAGGCAAAGGAGGUGGCUCUGGCAGUGGGUUUGGUGGUGGAUUUGGUGGAGGAAGUGGCAGCGGAGGUGGAUUUGGUGGUGGAGGUGGGUUUGGAGGCGGCGGCGGUGGUGGAAUGGGACACAACUAA